AUGACGGACCCUACAACGCGAGACUUCGAGUAUCGUUCAAGAGGAGACACAACGAGCACCGCACGCGCGCCCCUCCAUGUCGACGUCGAGGCGCAAACCCACCGCCAGAGCGACCCCAAUCCACUCUCACCCACGUCGCCGCGCGGUGGGACGGACUCGCCGCAUUUCUCCAUAGACACCCUACAUCGCCGCCCAACGCGUUCGAAUACCGUCCGGAACUAUCCUACAGCGUAUCCUGAGUUGCGCAACAGUCCUGGCGCCGAACCUGGCCUAGACACGAGAGCAGCAGAGCCAGUUUACGUUCACCUAGACGAGGAUGUCGCGAUCACCGUCGUGGACUUUAGCAAUGACAGCUGCGUCCACCAUCAGCUCGACAACACAACGCUGAAAGGCUUCUUGGACCAGCCCAGAGAUGAGUGGGUGAAGUGUCGAUGGAUCAGCGUCAACGGAAUUGGGAACUACGAGGUGGUCAGAACGAUUGGCAAUCACAAAAGGCUUCAUCGACUAGCUAUCGAGGAUCUCAUGAACAACCGGGGCAGGACCAAAGCUGAUUGGUAUUCGGACCACGCGUUUCUCCUCUUGACCCUACAAAAGCUCGUCCGACUGCGUGUCGAGAGUGACGACGAGGAUAGCGAUGACGAUGAAGAAAAGCCUGGGCGUCAAAAAGCUAAGACCAAGUCCAAGAAGGGGCCGAGACAGCUAGUAAAACGGUUGACCGGUUUGAACGACAACGCGCCACCGAUCUCCGACGUUGCUUCUCGAAUGAAUACCUCUAAAGAAGUCACCUUCCGCCCGGAUGGCUCCAUAGCGGCCCGUAACUUGUUGCCAGAUCAGCGGGCUCGCCGGUCUGUCCGGACCCUGCAGCGCUACCGUGGCGGUCCCAACAUAGAGCGGACUGAAUACAUGGAGUCUCAAUCAGCACUGGCCAAGAAAGAUCUGGCCGUCAGCGUCGAGCAAGUCUCCGCGUUCAUCACUAGCGACAACACAGUCAUUUCGUUUUUCGAGCAUUCGGCCCCCGACAUCGAGCAUCCCAUUCUUGCAAGGCUAGAGACUCCAGACACUAUUCUGCGAAGAAGCUGCGACGCAAGUAUGUUGGUACAGGCCAUCAUAGACGCCAUAAUCGAUCUGGCGUUCCCUGUCGUCGACGCUUAUGAAGACAGCAUUGGCGAGCUGGAACUUGACGUGUUGACUGAUCCGGGCAUCGAGCAAUCAAAGAUCCUAUACAUCAUCACUUCCGAACUGUCCUUGCUCAGAACCACGUUGCAACCUAUCAUCGGCCUCAUCAAUGCGCUGCGAGACCACAAGACCAUUCUCCCGGGCAUGCUCCCAGGCACCCCAGGACUGACUGGCAUACCAAGCAGACGAGCAGCGUCGAGUAUAGAAAUCAGCCCCAUGGCUCAGACCUAUCUCGGCGACGUCGAAGACCACUGCAUAACGAUGAUCCAGAGCCUGGACGACAUGAAGCGAGCGACGGACAACAUGACGGACCUGAUAUUCAACGUCAUAGGCACUUACCAGAACGAGAGCAUGAAGCAGCUAACAGCCGUCACCAUCUUCUUCCUCCCUCUCACCUUCUUAACAGGCUACUUCGGGCAGAACUUUGAAAGGUUUGCCGGGGUUCAGGAACAUAGUGAUGCCUUCUUUUGGUACAUUGCUGUGCCUGUGAUAAUAGUGAUGGUUUUAGGCCUUACGAGGACGAACAUCGUUCGCACCCUGAAGAGGAUCUUCCAGAAACGGGCAAUCUCUCGCUCACGCAAAGCUCGCGGAGCGUCGCAAGAUCGCGGUAGGGGGCGGCGCCGGUGA